AUGGAGAGAGAUACGUCACGCGAGCGAAGCAUUGCUGAUAUUGAUUUAAUCCAUCAUUAUCGUUCUAUUCAAUCUCCUAUUACUAAACAUCGACGUACACCCAUUAUAUCGAUUGUUCAACCAGAUUCAUUGAAAAUUGUAUUACCAACAGAUGAAGUAACACUAAAAAGACAUAUAGGUUUAUUCUCAGGAAUCUGUUUUAUUGUUGGUACAAUAGUUGGUUCUGGUAUAUUUGUUUCUCCUAAAGGUGUUUUACGAGAAACACAAUCGGUUGGUCUCUGUUUGAUCAUUUGGGUUGCAUGCGGUUUGGUUUCUUUACUUGGAGCACUUUGCUAUGCAGAGAUCGGCACAAUAAUACCGAGAAAUGGAGCAGAAGUCGCUUAUAUAAAAGAAGGUAUGCUAAAUGCGUCUUUCGCUAAUCGUCUUAAUAUCAUAUUUGUUAUCUGCAAAGUAUCGACUAUUUUAAUAGUAAUAAUAGGUGGUCUUAUACGUAUAGGAAAAGGAUAUACACAAAACUUACGAAAUAGUUUUGAUGGUGCGACAAAAAAUCCAUUGGGUAUUGCACUUGCAUUCUACUCUGGUCUUUGGGCAUAUGAUGGAUGGAGUUCUCUUAACUCAGUGACAGAAGAACUUAAAAAUCCUAAAAGAAAUCUAUGGUUAUCUAUUGUAUUGGCUUUACCUGCUGUUAUAGUCCUUUAUGUUCUUAUUAAUAUUUCUUAUUUUACUGUAAUGAACAAAACAGCAUUACUUACUUCUCAAGCUGUUGCUGUAACAUGGGGUGAAGCUGUAUUAGGUCCAGUUGUACGUGUUCUACCUAUUCUUAUUUCUGUUAGUGCAUUAGGUACCGCUAAUGCAGUGCUCUUUGGAUCUGGUCGAUAUUGUAUGGUUAGUGCUCAGUAUGGAUAUUUGCCAGAAGUAUUUGCAUGCAUUCAUAUAAGAAGAUUGACUCCAAUGCCUGGUGUUGUUCUUCAGGGUGUCAUUGCAAUGAUGUUUUGUCUUCCAAGUAAUAUUGAAGAUUUGAUCAAUUUGAUUGGCUUUGCUGCAUGGAUUUUUUAUGGAUUAGCAUUUGUUACUACACUUUGCUGUAAAUUUACACAUAAGAAUGCAGAACGAGUUCCUAUUCCAUUAAUUAUCAUUAUUAUUCUUAUCUCGAUUUAUUUGGUUAUUGCACCUGUCAUUGCAUCACCACGCAUUGGAUUUCUUUUUGCAACAGUUUUGAUUCUAUUUGGUUUAGUUUUCUAUUAUCCAUUUAUCUAUCGUAAAAUAGAAGUCAACAUAAUAAAAAAAAUCAAUACAUUUUUAAUGUCAUGCUUUCAUGGCAUGAUCUAUGCUGGUAUCAGCACCGGAAAACUUCGCAUGGAUAUUACUUAUGGAGGUCAAAUUGUUAGUUCAUUGUUCGACUACGCACAUUCUAAUCCUGAUGGAACCGUUCCAAAUUAUAUGUACACAUUGGCUCCGACAGCGGCUUCACAAGGCUCAUGUGGAUUCUACAAUGUAACUCCUGCCUACCCACUAUUUUCACCGUCCAUUCUCUUGGCUUCUCAAGCUACAUUUGUUGGACUCAUUCCUGAUAAUCUUUUUUAUGCCGACCGACCACCACUACAGGCAUGGAGUUUAUUACUAGGUACAGUAAGUGCCACAGUGUAUAUUGAUACAGACACUGUUGUGAGAAUCGACUUUUCAUCACCUGAUCACAGUACAUUUACUACCACACGUCUAUUCAACAUCGUUGCUCGUAUUCCAGAUCCGAAUCUUUUUGCUAAUCCGUGUCCAACAGGGGCACCAACAUCGAUUUCUGACUCGUCGGGUGCAAGCCGUCGUUAA